AUGGGUGCCGGGUUCAUCUGUCGUGAAUUCACGGCUCAUCGCCACUACGAGGAUGAAUUGGCCAGCGCCAUUCAGGGUCUGUUUUACAGUGCCACGCCCACAUUUACACUGCCGCUAUAUUUGACUUUUCUUCGAAUGCUAACGGCUCGGCCGACACUGAUCUUGAUCCCUCCUUCGCCUAUCUUCAUCGUGGUGAGCUGCUUCAACACCGCCAUUAUCACUUGCCUCGCGCAGGGAGCCGCAACAUAUUUCAACCCCCGAGCAUCAGAAAACGCAAUCAGCUCCGGCCUCGCUCUGAUAAAAGCAAGCUUGUUUCUCCAACUUUUCCUCAACGGCGCCUUCAUAUACAUCCUCACGCUCGUGCAGAAGAGGCAGACCGCUCGGAAUUUGUCGCACUACCAGCGUGAUCGGGCCAUUGCGGCUCUGACCCUGCUCACCAUGAUGGGGAUGAUUUUGGUGUGCAAUAUCUUCCGCACUGUACAGAUCUUCGUCUCCCCUACCUCUUCACUGUGGACUGCAGAGGUGUUCUUCUGGGUGUUUGAUGCUUGUAUGCUGUUGAGUUUCACGGUCGUCUUCCACGUCAUGCAUCCAGGAAAAUUUCUGUCGGUCAAUAGCGGUGGAUGCAACGGUGAAAGACGAGACAAUGAAGCAAGCAGUAAUACCCCUUUGCGGCGUAUCUAG